GUCAUUUAGUUAUUUCAGAUUGUUGGAAAAGGGAAUUUGAGUGAUUUGCACUUGGCAUUGAGGAUAGUUCGUUGGGAAUUUCCAAAUAUGUUGAUGAAGCCACAAUAGCAAUGGAAAAUGGAUCUUAUUGGGUUUUUUUCAUCAACUUCUCUUAACUCAUUAAAGACAAUUUAAGGAUGUGAAGGUGGAUAGUCUGGUGUUCAUCCCCUUUGAUAUAGACUGGGUUUUGACACUGCUAUUGCAGCAGGAGCCAAGGAGGUAGCCGCAGCUGCCUCAUCUUCAGAGUCUUUUUCAAAUUAAAAAACAAAAUCAAUUAGUGAAGAUAGUCUUACUCAUUGCUAUGAUGUUAUUGCUGCUGCAAGAUAGCUUUCAAUUCCUAUUCAUGGGUAGGUUACUAACUACCAUUGCAAUUGCUCUAUAUUUCUUGGGAGGAAAGGAGGAAAAGGGGUAGAAAAGUUAGUCUUAUUUCUUCCUAUUGAAUCUGCAGUCAGUUUAGUCUUCAACUUUGUAGACAUAUAUCAUGUGUAAUGGGUUGCCCUGUAGAAGUAAUGGAGGCAAAAUUUGCACAUGUGGCCAAACAACUUUGUGAUAUGGGUUGCUAUGAAAUUUCUCUUGGUGAUACAACUCGUGUUGGCACACCUGGAUAUUCUUCUUUUGUGCCAUGUUGAAGGAACUGUCAUUCAAAUUCUUGAAGCUGUUCUUGAUGUUGUUCCAAUUGAUAAGCUUGCUGUACAUAUUCAUGACACUUAUGGAUGGGGGGAUCAACACCGUGGACUCAUAGGUUGCAGGUCUUGGAGGUUAUCCAUUUAAUCCUAGAGUUUUACCGGGAAAUGUUGCAACUGUGGGUGUUGUUUACAUGCUAAAUGGACUUGGAGUAAAAACCAAUGUGGAUCUUUAGAAACUCACCUGCUAGAGGUUUUUAUCUGUCAGCAUUUGGGAAGGACAUCAAGUUCAAAGACCAGAGCUGCCUUGAGUAGGGAAGCAAAGCCUUGUACUCUCAGUACUUCCUAGCAGGAUUCGUAGCAGUUAAAGACAAUGACCUUGGAAUUAGUCGCAUAAUUCCAAAAAAGGGAGAAAACGAAUGAACAUAUUACAGAUACCAAAAAAAAAAAAAAAAAGGCAGAAGAAAGGUGGCAUUGGUGUGAAGAAAGCAGAAGAAAGAAUUCAAAACUUGUGUUAAACCUAUACAAAUGUUUUAGUCGGGGGAGUAAGAGGGUGAUGCCUUAUUACAUUAUAUAAGUAACAAACAAUUCAAAGAGUGUGAAGAACAUAAAUUAAUUGUGUUCAUGACUCAUUUUUUGCCUAUAAAUAGCGAAUGGACUU